AUGGCCCAAGGGGACGCGGCUCCCGAAGCCAACUCGGAGGCCGCCCAACAGCUGGCUCAAGACGAUUCGCGAUCAACCUCGUCGUCGAGCACCCCUCCGCCCGUCGAUAAUGAAGAAUCCGACUUCUUUCUCGGCGCGAACGACUCCCAGUCGUCGCUAGGCGUUCCCAAUAUCGAGGACAUGCAAGUCGCCGAUGAGGAGUGCCGUGUAGCGCCUAUUAAUCGCUUGCCCAACGAACUACUCAUCGCCAUCUUCGUCAAACUCACAACCUCCUCAGAUAUUCUCCAUGUCAUGCUGACGUGCAAGUCCUGGGCUCGGAAUGCAGUGGAAAUUCUGUGGCACCGUCCAGCUUGCUCGUCCUGGGAACGACACACGACCAUCUGCCAAACUCUCAGUGCGCCACGACCGUACUUCGCCUACCGACAUUUCAUCAGGCGACUCAACCUGUCGGCCCUGGCUCCCGAACUCAACGAUGGCAGUGUCGAGUCUUUGGAGAUGUGCAGUCGUGUCGAGCGACUGACCAUGACUGGUUGCAAACGCAUCACGGAUGCUGGUCUCCUCAAACUGCUCCAGAACAACACUGGCCUCCUGGCUCUCGACAUUUCUGGCAUGGAAGACAUCACGGAAACUUCUAUCAACGCCGUGGCGGAAAAGUGCCACAGACUACAGGGCCUGAAUAUCGCCAACUGCACUAAGAUCUCAGUUGCAAGUCUGGUGGAGUUGGCGCACAGCUGCAGAUUUAUCAAGAGGUUGAAACUGAACGAGUGUGCCCAGGUGACUGACGAGGCCGUCAUCGCAUUUGCUGAGAAUUGCCCCAACAUCCUCGAGAUCGAUCUCCACCAGUGUCGCCUGAUUGGGAACGACCCAGUUACAGCGCUCAUGUCUAAAGGCAAAGCUCUUCGAGAGCUCCGCCUCGCGAGUUGCGAUUUGAUCGACGACUCGGCAUUCCUUUCCCUACCCCCUAACAAGACCUACGAGCAACUCCGAAUCCUAGACCUGACGUCUUGCUCCAGACUGACGGACCGAGCCGUUGAGAAGAUCAUUGAUGUAGCUCCUCGCCUGCGCAACCUCGUGCUCGCAAAGUGCCGUAACAUCACAGAUGCUGCUGUGUUCGCUAUCGCCAGGCUGGGCAAGAAUCUGCACUAUGUCCAUCUGGGCCACUGCGGAAACAUCACAGAUGAGGCUGUCAAACGGCUAGUUCAAUGUUGCAACCGGAUUCGAUACAUUGAUCUCGGUUGCUGCGUCCAUUUGACAGAUGAUUCUGUCGUGAGACUUGCUACUCUGCCCAAGCUUAAGCGCAUUGGCUUGGUCAAAUGUUCAAAUAUCACAGACGAGAGUGUCUAUGCUCUUGCUAGGGCGAACCAGCGCCGGCCUCGCAGAGAUGCUGACGGCAAUCUUGUUCCCGGGGACUGUUACAAUAGUAUGCACCACAGCAGCCUUGAGAGGGUUCAUCUGAGCUAUUGCACCAACUUGACAUUAAGGAGUGUCCUAAGACUUUUGAAUGCAUGCCCUCGUCUCACCCACUUGAGUGUUACGGGUGUCCAAGCGUUCCUGCGUGAGGAUUUGGAGAGUUUCUGCCGCGAGGCACCAGCUGCGAUUCACGAUCAGGUUCAAGGGCUAACAAAACCUACAGAGUUCACUGAACAUCAGAGAGCUGUUUUCUGCGUCUUUUCCGGUCAGGGUGUGACCAAUCUUCGGCGCUACCUCAACAGCGAGCACAAUCUGACGGAGAUCACUCGUGGUGCAAGACCAAUCGACGAAGGAGUACCGAACCGAGCCGGCCCUGUUUUCCCAGGAACAGCAGUCAACCCAAUGCAGGUCACUCCACCUGGUCACCAUGCCGUAGCAGCUGCGUUCAUUGACGAUGGCGAGCCUGAUGCGGUAGACGACGAUGAUGGCUUGGAAGAUGGCAGCGAGAUGGUGAUAGACACGCAGCCAAUGCUUCAUAAUCACCAUGCGGUUAUGGGUGGUACUGCGUUCCCUAUUCAGGGCGUGGCAUCCACAGAACAGCUGCUGCCACCACCGCCACCCGCGAUACAGCCACAACAGCACCUUAUCACGAAUCCUUUCCACUUUGUCCCUGGCCAGCCUUUUGCCGUACCACCUCAUGGCCUUCAGUUUUACGAGGCGGUGCGGGCGACAGAAUCCAGUGCCGUUCCUGGGACCCCUACGCAUGUUCCAUUAGUUGGCCAAGCGACUGGGCUGGACUCGACAAUCGCCGAGAGCAGCCAUCACUCCGGAGUUGCCAGGAACUCACCAGGCACAGCAACAUCUCAAAACCCAGGUGCAUCGCAGGCCAUGGCGCCAAAUCCGAUGGAAAACAUCGAGCUGGCGAUACUCACAGGGAACCGAAAUUCUGAUGCGGGUGGCAGUGGAGGGGCGCCCGUGUAG